GCCAACGUUAAAUGUACAUUAAAUGUUUUUUAACAUACCUGUUUGAAAUUUGCUUCCGUUACAUUUCAUUAAAUUCUGCUGCCAAUUUUUAACAGCGUACGCAAAAUGGCGAUUGAUUAAUCGAUGAAUUAAAAAACUUGUCUUAUAUGUGCGAAAUUCCUUGUAUAUCCCCUAAUCCUUAUUUUAUUAUACAUUUCUCUAAAUAGACAUGGUAUUUUUGUUUCUGCACUGUUUUUGCUCGUUUUCAAUUAUCAAUGCUGAUGGUAUUAUUUUAUAUAAGAGUACGAGUUAUGUUACAAUUGACGUAACGUGUUUCCAUGUUAUCGCGACUGCUAUGGUAACGCAAACCCUUACCAAGCAAGACGGUAAUGGACGGUAAGUAUAAUCGUGCAGAAGAGAGGUUGAGUGACUCAUUUCUCAUUUUCUACAAUUUUCUGCCUAAAUUAUGCAUACGCUUAACGUGUAAUCUUGAAUUUAUAUUAGCAAUAAAAAAAAAGUGUAAAGACUUGGUUACACGAUGGAGGAUAGGCGUUGCGUACAAGAGAAAGACAGAACUCAGAGAAAAGAGGAAGACCCCGCAAAACGAGAUAAAAGCGACAAAGGAAUUGACACUUAUAAAUCAGAACCAUGCACAAGAAUGACCAAACGAAUCGCGGAGCCACUCGUCAGAAAAUCUCGUAAAAAGCAUUGCGAUUGGAUAAAAUCCACCUCUGACACGUAUUGCCCUAAUACCAAGUUAAUAAAAAAUUACGUGUAUCAGAAAGCGUAUGAUCGCUUAGAAAAAUACAUUAAAGAUGAACCGAAGGUUCUCGGUUUACCACAAAAAUGUGAAACUUUGUCGAGGUAAGUUGUCAGCAGUUCGUAAAAUAUUGUUUGCUCGUUGCCAAAUAAUAACAUACGCUUUGAUUACAUUCCCGUGCGUUUAUUCGACACAAAUUAGAUGUCAAAUUUUAUUUGAAAACUUGAUUAAAUAAAUUCAAAGGAGCACCACGGCGCCAAGGAAAGAGAAAAGAGAAAUUGCUUCUGCCGAAGAAGAUGAUUAUUACACGUCACUGUGUCGGCAGAGAGCCGAAUUUCGGAUGCAUCUGAUCAGGAAGAUUAAAGGGCCGGUGAGACGCGAUGAAAGUUGGCGCGAGAACAAGAUGGAAAUUUGCAGCGAGGAUGCGAAAGAGUGGACGACGGUUUCAGACGACGUUAGCGUUUGCGGACAAACAGCAGUAACUCCGAGCGACAGCGACGUCGAUAUUUGGCUCACAGAGGAAGACAAGAAUCUAUUGAGGUAUUACUACUACAUUCUUCAUGAGGUUGACGACGCUCACGCAGGCACCUUAGAUUCUGACACGUUAAAGAAGAUCACGAGCAUGGUGUCCGCUGAAUGGCAGGAGAGACACAAGGAGUGCUUCGAUCGAUUGAUUCGAGAAUUAAAGAGCGACUAUGUUACGAGUAUGAAAAAGUCCAUCGUCGACUUUGUGCUGCAGGAACCCUUCGACGAGGAAUUCUGUAUUACGCCGUCGCCCUCCCGAGGAAUUGCUGAAUUGUUGUCGCCGGAGCACUGUAUUAAAUACCACAAAAUAAGAGCGAAAUUGAAAAAGAGAUCGAUUAUCGUGUAUCACCCGUGCAUACGCAAAACUUUAGAUUAUUGGUAUCGCGAAUAUGGGUUAGUAAGUUAAAAAAAGAAAUGGCACAUAGUGUCAGAAUGUUUCUACACGUGAAAUGACUCUUGGUCCAGUAUAAUU